UGGACUUUUAUGGUGGGUUCUAACUGCACUUGUUGAAAGAGAGUUACUAAGUCACUGGAAAUAAUUAUCAAUUUUAUUUCGCUAAAAAUUUGGAGAUAGGUUUUCGACAUCGAAAUUGAAAAUCUGUCCAUUUGUUUCUAUUCCAUAAUUCUACGAAGGUGAACAUGAAGAAACACCUUCAAGUUUUUCUAUAUUGAUAACCAAACAGAACAGUUGACAAAAAAUUGUGAUGAACGCUUUCAUGAUUACAUGUUCCUCCCCGGGAUUCGCCAUAUGUGCUCACUCUCAUCCAACUCAGCCGUUCGGACAAAAUUCUGGUGGAUUUCAUUAGGGACUACUAUGAAGCCAGCAAUAUUCAUCAAAUUGUCAUAUUCGCUUGUUGGGAUUACGCAGUGGAGGUUUCACGGAACAUCAUGGGCCUUGAUACAGUCGUUACCUAUCAAUCUACAACAGAUGACAUCAAUUUAACAGAUAUACUACGUGUCAAUUAUUAUCAUUUGGGAAUUGUUUUGGAUUUCGAUUGUCCCUUCAGUGAACGUAUUAUCGACAAGUUUUCCGACCACCUUCCGUUCAAUGAGUCCUAUCACUGGCUCAUAUUAUCAAACUUAUCACCAAUACCCAAGGAUUAUCUGGAGAGUCUGGCACUAACAAUUGCAUCAGAACUGACAUCAGCAAUUCGGAAGGGAAAUCAGUUCCAACUUUAUGACAUUUACAAUCCAAGUUAUCGUCAUGGAGGGUCUGUCAACGUCGUCGACAAGGGCCAGUGGACUCCCAAUGACGGGCUCCAGAACAAAUUGAGUGAAUACAAAUACAUACGUCGAGCUGAUCUACAACAAUUGUGCCUUAAUUUUUCUGUUGUGCUGUACUAUCCACCUUUACCAGACCUCAUGACCUACUUGUCGACAUAUAUGCAUAUAAAAAUGGAUACUAUGACUCGAGCCCACUACCCUGUGGCAAUGUACCUUCAAGAUAUGUAUAACUUCAGUAUAAAAAUCCAUCAAGCAACAACUUGGGGCUAUCUGGUCAACGGAUCUUUCAAUGGACUCAUUGGAGACAUAAUAUCAGGUUUCAUUGACAUGAGUCUUACUCCCUUCGAGUUUCAUGGCAUACGAAUGGAUUUCGUAGAAUAUGCUGUAGAAACUUGGUACGCUGAUGUAUCGUUCACAUUUCUUCAUCCAAAGACAUCAGCCCUGCGUAAUAAUUUUUUAAAACCCUUCGCUAAUGAUUUGUGGUGGAUGAUUUUAUUGGUAGCCGCUAUUUAUUGGGCAUUGUUAUUGCUUUCUUUGAUAUUAGAACAGCAUUACGAAGCUACAACCCAGGACACUGAGAUGAAUGUUAUUGACACUGGUCUUACCACUGUGGCAGCAUUAUCACAACAAGGAUUGAGUGAGAGCCCAAUGUUUUUUUCUGGACGAAUCACAUUUCUCUCAUUAUUUUUCUGGGCUCUCCUUCUCUAUCAAUUUUAUUCAGCUAGUAUCGUCAGCUCCUUGAUGACUGCUCCUCCUCGGUGGAUCAAGACCAUCAAGGAUAUCAGUGACAGUGAGUUGGAAGUGGCUUCGCAUUUUGUCCAAUACUACCACAAUUUAUUCAAGACGUCGACUGAUCCUGACGUGAUUGAAUUAUACAAUCGAAAAAUUAAAUCACGGCCAAAUCGAUUUCUAUCGGUAGAGGAAGGUUUCCGGAAAGUACAAGGGGGCGGAUACGCAUAUCUUACAGAAACCACUGCUACUUACCCACUAUUGUCGAGUACAUUCUCUGAGGAUCAGAUAUGUGCAGUCGAAGAAAUACGUCUCAGGAAACCUCGGAGCAUCUCGUUGAUCAUGCCUAAAAAUUCCCCGUUCAAAAAGAUUAUGAAUUAUGGACUAAGGAAAAUUGUACAAAGUGGAAUAAUGCAUCGUUUGCAAAAAAUAUGGCGGGGGGCUCGACCUCGUUGCCCUGAAAACUAUAAUGAUAGACCCACUCCCAUGGGCAUGACGGAAUUCAGCCCUGCAAUAUUUCUCCUAUGUAUUGGUCUUAUAAUCGCUAUGGCAAUACUCGUGAUGGAAAAUUUGUACUUCUACUUUGAAAAUCGACAUCGUUCAUUGUCAAUCGAUGCAGAAUAAUUACCAGUGAAAGUGAAAUGAUUACCAGAAAUGUGGAAGUCUGACUCAUAGUUAAUAUUCUAAAUUAGUCUGUAGUAUAGUUUUCAAAAUAUAGUUUGAGAAUUAUUCCAGUAGUGAUACGUCCAUUGUGUUUUGAAUACUAGUCUCGAAUAAAUUGCAGAGCAUUUGCAUGA